AAGAACAGCUGAGCCCUAAUUUUCAGAUCUGCAAGUCCAACAAAGAAAACGGUAUUGGAUUGGGAGAGAUAAAGACAGGUUAUGGUUCCUUAGUCAACCACGUUAAGGAGUGGCAUAUCUUUGUCGGUGAGAUGCCUCUUGUGGGCGUUUCUCGGCAGAUGCUUCCAAUCGUACGAAAUGGUUGAUGUGCAUGGUUAAGCAUCUUCCUUCAAUAGCCACAAGAAUCAUAUCAUUUCCGGAGAUCUCUUUCAUGAGGGUUGACAUUCUUCGGCUUCUUUUAGAUUCACUCGACCUUGGAGGCGUAUGCAGCCGCGGAACUGCCGCUGUUUUCUUUGGCUAGCAGCAACUGAAAAGUCAACGCAAGGGACAGGAUGGUAAGAGGAGCGCGACGCAAUCCAACGCGCACUACGUCCUGCAACAAACAGUCAACCAUUUGUUUCCACCUUUCCUUCAUCCCCACACACACACUUCAUCGACUCCGUCUCCGUAUGUUGUGCUGCUGCUAUACAACUAAUAAACAAGAAGCUGUCGGUACGCGGAAUUGUUGGUGACGUAGAUCGAAACCAAGUCAAUCCAGCACAAGGGUUUCCGGACAUAUCAGCAAUGUUCAUCUUCUCAGCCUUCCGAUGUCUUCUGGUUCUGAAUCAGCUGAGACAUUUCCAGUCAUCAGCACAGUGGUUGGCUUCAGGGCCAAGUUUCCUAGUCGCAGAAAACUACCAGUCUUCCGUAGUCAUCGCUAAUGGAUUCAAGUUUUCUGUAGUUUACACGAUUAGUAGUUGGAAUAGAGUCUGCAUGGCCUAAAUUUUGCGUUCUGUCAGCAUCAAGGAAUAAUAAUAAGGGAUUGGAAGAGCCUUCAUCAGCUACCACUGUACUAAUUAUUUGUUUGUAGGGGAAGAAGAGAUGAGCAAGUCAAUCUGUUUAGCGUACCAAAUUGUCGAGGGAGAAAACAGCUGGCCAUGGGAAAGUACACCAUCCGAGAGACUCGUUCUUUGAUUUUGAUAGAUGGAUGGAGAUGACUUCAUGAUGCAUAGUACGAGAAUGUUCUGCUUGAUGUCAGUUCUACACACGGCGUUUGACGCCGUCAUCUUAUGAACGGGAGCAGGCGGCAUUGCUUGGAACUUGAUUGGAAGCAGUUCUGAAGCAGCAAAAAGUCAGAAGUCUCAGCGACUAAAUUGCCUCUUAACUUACCAUUGCAUCACUAUAUAUGUGUGUAUGUCUUCAUGAUUCGGUAAUCACCAUCGCUUCGAUCUCUAGGGGAAGAAAUGGGGGAGAGUCAAUCCAAACAUCGGCACGAUGGCAAUGACUAUUAUGAUGAUGAUGAUGAUGAUGAUGAUGAUACGUACUUCUCGGUCAUCGAUGAGGAGGAGGAGGAGGAAGAGGAGGAAGUGUUUGGAACGAGCGAUGAUGAGAUGUUGGCGGAGGUGCUCCAGCUUCAAGAGAUGCUAUUCCAUGAGGAGAUCAUACGGAGCAACAUCUGCCCACGAAUGGCUCCGUCUGAACUCAUGGCCUACUGCAACAUCUGCAUGGAAUCCAAACCUCUCCACCAAUUCGUGGACAUCAAUUUCUGCUCCCACAAGUUCUGCCUGGGUUGCAUGAGCAUGUACAUAUCCGCGAAGCUCGAUGAGGAUGCAGCCAACAUACGCUGUCCCGAACCGGGAUGCAGAGUUGGAGUUUUGGAGCCAUUAAGCUUCCAAUACUUGCUCCCAAGCGACACCUUCGAGCGAUGGUGCGACAGUCUGUGUCAGUCGACGAUCAGGGCCAAGUUUUACUGUCCUUUCAAGGACUGCUCGGCUCUCCUGGAAGCUGGUGGUGGUGGUGAUGAUGAGGAGGAGGAGGAGGAGGAGGUGAUAACAGCAUCAGAGUGCCCACAUUGCAACAGGCUGUUCUGUGCUCAGUGCAAGGAGCCAUGGCACCAUGGAUUGGACUGCAGGGAGUUCCAGAAGCUAGGGGAGGAUGAGAGGGGGAGAGACGAUCUCCAGCUGUGGGAGCUGGCAGCAAAGCAGAAGUGGCAGAGGUGCCCUAAUUGCAUGAUCACCGUGGAGAGGAUUGAUGGCUGUAGGUUCAUGAGGUGCAGGUGUGGACAGUGUUUCUGCUACAUUUGCGCAUCUCCAAUGUCUCAGGAGGAUCAUUAUUGCUACAAGUGCCAGAGUUGACUGCAUAUGGUGGCCAUUUUGUAUUCAGUGGAAAUGAAAUAUCAAUUUGAUGUCGCAGAGAUACAACACAGUUGAAAUAUCUGUAAAUCACAAUCACAGUCACUGUUUUGCUCAAAUAA